AUGUCGGUCACGAUUGCAUUGAAUGCUGGAGCAGCUGCUGCCCCUCGCGAUGACGACAAGAUUGUCGGUGGUUACGAGUUUCUGUACCCUGCUGAUCUCCAGUGCCUCGAUGUCCCUGUGCUGCCUCCGAGCACCUGCCAGAAGGAUUAUCCUGGUAGCAUCACGAGUAGCAUGUUCUAUGCUGGAUUCAUGGAGGGUGGGAAGGAUAGCUGUCAGGGGGAUUCAGGGGGUCCCCUGGUUUGCAAUGGGAAGUUGGAAGGAAUUGUCUCGUGGGGAAUAGGCUGUGCAGAGAGAAAUUACCCUGGAGUCUACACGGAAGUCUGCAACUAUAUCUCCUGGAUCAGGGACACAAUGGAGAACAACUAG